CCAUCUCUAAGUCCAAUCGGCCAAUCGAUAAUCGGACCUAUCGACCUAUUUUCAGCAGCCUAACUAAAGAAAAAAGGCAAUAUUUUGCAAAAAACAUUCGGAAACGGUCGAAAAACACCCGCUUCAUUGGCCAGAGGUGCCGUAUUCCGUGGAACGCAAAGCGGCGACAAACCAGACAAUUGCAGUGUGAGACAAAUGUGCGCAAAAUGAAAGUGACAAUCAAGUCAUGGACGGGAGUUGCAACUUGGCGUUGGAUAGCGAAUGACGAGAACUGCGGUAUCUGUCGCAUGUCCUUCGAGAGCACCUGCCCGGAGUGCGCUCUGCCCGGUGACGACUGCCCGCUGGUGUGGGGUGUCUGCUCCCAUUGCUUCCACAUGCACUGCAUCGUCAAGUGGCUGAACCUGCAACCGUUGAACAAACAGUGCCCCAUGUGCCGCCAGAGCUGGAAGUUCAACGUGCAUUAAGAAGCUCGCGUUAUAGUUCUAGUUACUAAAUUCCCGUGAGGAUCAGGAUCAGCAGUAAGAAGAAACCGUAGAGACAUAGUAAGCUUUA